CGUCGCGCGUGUCCGAUAGACACGGUUUACGGUUAGUACGUAAAUAGUCCGUCACCGAGCCGCCUGUACCGGUAUGAUAACGUACCGUAUCUUAUCUGCACUGUGAAAUAAUAAAUUAUAUGCCAGCCGUGAAUCACGUGGAGUGACCGCUAUUGAUUUAAACGCGCGAGGUCAGGGUGCAUUAAAUAUUCCAUUAAAAUGAUACUGUGGACUAUAUUAGUCGGCUUCGUGUGUUUGAUGCUGGUGUACAAGGCGUUCCAGAAGCUGACGUGCGGAAUAUGCAGGUCCGGGGCUCACAUGUUCGGGAAGGUGGUGGUGAUCACCGGCGGCAACAGCGGCAUCGGUCUGGAGACGGCCAAGAACUUGGCCGAGCGCGGGGCCAAGGUCAUCAUAGCAUGUCGCAGCGUCCCCAGAGGGGAGGCAGCGAAGGAUGAAAUCAUCCGGGAGACCGGUAACAAGGAUGUUCACUGCAAACGCCUGGAUCUAGCGUCGUUCAAAUCUAUCCGUGAAUUCGUGGCCGACUUAGAAAAAACCGAGAAACGGCUCGACGUUCUUAUCAACAACGCCGGCGCCGGUGGCCUUGGUAACACAAAAACUGUCGACGGCAAUCACAUCGGCAUGCAAGUCAACUACUUCGGGCCGUUUCUGCUCACCAAGCUCUGUUUACCUCUGCUCAAGUCGUCGGCUCCCAGUAGAAUAAUCAAUGUUUCCUCUAUAAUGCACAAGUACGCGGAAAUGGACUUUGAAAACUUGAACAUGGAGAAGUACUGGAGCGACUACUUAGUGUACUCCAACAGCAAGCUCUACAUAAAUCUCAUGACCUUGGAACUGAGCAAGAGGUUGAGUGGCUCGGGGGUGACAGUGAACGCGCUACACCCCGGUGUGGCCAGCACCAAUCUUUUUAGAAACAUUAAGAACGGGCUCAUCCGAGGUAUAGUUAAUUUCGUCUUAGGUUUCUUGUAUCAGACCACGUGGGAAGCGUCACAGACUUCGAUCUACUUGGCCGUUUCUCCCGAGGUCAAGGACAUGAGUGGACUCUACUUCAGCGACUGUCGUGUGAAGCAGCCGUCCAAAAUUUCUAGGGACGAAAAAAUCGCUAGUCAACUAUGGGAGGAGACAGAAAAAAUAAUUUCUCGGUCAUUGAAGUUAUGAUGCCCUUUAGUGAUAUUCCUAAGUAAUGUAAAUAUGUGAUAUUUAAUGUUUACUAAACGAUUGUGUACAUAAACUAUUUACUGUGACGAUGCUGCUUACGGCUAAAAAUAGGCGCGGAAAAGAAUAGGAAAACGGUUUGUUUGUUUGUUUAAUAGAUAAGUGUCAAUGAACUUUGGAAUUUGAGACCUAGUUAUCUACAUAAUUGAAUCAACACGAAAUUACUUAUGCGCAAGGACUAUUACCACUACUAUGUAAGUUUUAUACUGUCGAUACAUAAUACAUAUUCUACUGAUUUAUGUAUCGA